AUGGCUGCCGGCGGCUCGACGUGGAGGCGUGGGGAGGACGGGGCUCCGCUGGGAUCCAAGGUGACGGUGUGCUCGCAAAGACGGGGCGGAGCGAGGCUUCAAGAGCUCCUGGUGGUGCAUCGAAAGAAGUGGGGAGGCAAAACCGAGGUCGACCUUCCAGUCCCGACGGCGGCGAGGCACGUCGAGGUCGAGCAUGGUAGCGGUGUUCCUGUGGGUCUCCAUGGAAAAGACAGAGAGCAAGUGAGAGAGGGAACCGGAGGGAAUGGGAGAAGUAGAAGCAACGAGGGGUGCGUGUCAAGUGACCGGUUUUUGGAGACGAGAUGGGGCGGGGAGGAGGAGGUCCUGGAGGUGAGGGCCGUCGCUAGUUGCUCCGGCGAGCGGUGCGAGGCGGCGGGGUCGAGCUCGGGGAGGCACCGGAGGUGGUGGAUGGCAGCAGCAGCAGCGAGGGCGGCCGCGGGAGAUCCUCUCCAAGAUCAAGCAUGUCCAGGCCAAGCCUACUGGCCGCCCUCGCAGGUGACUGCCUCCGUGGUGACGACGACGGCCUUGUCAUCCCCGGAGGCCACGGCGCCCCUCAAGGCCGACCUCCGCCAUGUGAGUGAUCUGUCGAUCUUGUCUCUCCAACAGUUCGGUUCUCGCUGCUUCGAUUCCUUUGAUUCAACAAGAUACUGUGUACCACUUCCGUGUUCUGGAUGCAUGCACGAGUUUGACAUGGACAAGCCGCCGUUGCUGCAGGAGGUGGAGGAUUUCUUCAGUGGCCACAAAAUCGAGGACUUUACCUUUAGUAGGGGCAGGCUGGGGAAAUGGCGGUGCCGGGCAAAGCUAGCGGUACGCGGAACACCAGAGAAACCACUGAUUGGCCUGUAUCAGGAAUGGACACAUACUGUUCAAGAUAUUCCCGAUUGCAGAGGUAGGACAGGAGGAACAUCAACAAGCGAUGGGAUGAAGCCCGGCCAUGGAAACCCACCGCAGCCUUCAAGACCUCGACGGCGGUCGGUGCUAUGGGGAUCCUGAUCAACAUGCAUCCCGGGUCCGCAGAUCAACGCUGUCACCAACGACAACAUCGUCAUCAACGUCUUCAACAACCUGAUCUGA